CGCUCUCGCGUCGUUGGUGCAUGCGCUUAUUUACAGAAGCCGUGCGCUCAACGUUAACAAUGUCAGAUGUCAGGUCCCGUUUCUUCGUCCAAACGUCCAAACCCCAAACAUUGUGCACUAAAUGUUGUGAUAUAGGACGCGAGAUUUCUUACUGAAGAUAUUUUUGUUCAACUCCGUUACCAAACUGAACAACGCUAGGUCGUGAUGUCUCAUUGUAGUAAAGACGCUCUUACAGACCUGUUCGGCUGGUUUCUGCAAGUAUUACUAGCCGGCCUAGCUUUCACUUGCCUCAUCUUGAAGAGAUUUUGUGAACCAACAGUUGAAAGGAGACCAUGGCUUAUUUGGUUUUAUGACACGUCCAAACAGGGAAUGGGUGCCUUAGUCAUUCAUUUAGCAAAUGUAUUCCUUGCAAGUAAUUAUCAAGGAGAUCCAUGCACUUGGUAUAUUAUCAACUUUUUGUUGGACUCAUCUGUUGGUCUCUUCAUCUUGUACAUCGGCAUUCGUUUAUGUCAAUAUUUGUCUCGUGCCAAGCACUGGGAUUCCAUCAAUUUUGGUGAAUAUGGCAAGCCACCUUCACCACAAGCGUGGUUGAUUCAAUGUGCAUUGUAUGUGCUUUUGAUGAUGAUUGUUAAGACAUGCAUCACAUUGUUAAUGAUGUUGGAUUUCUGGGAUAGUGUUCAGCAGUUUAUUCUCUCACCAUUCAGCAAUCCUCGAAUAGAAGUUGCCUUAGUUAUGCUUAUUAUACCCUUUUUUGUAAAUGCCUUGAUGUUUUGGGUCACAGACAACUUCCUGAUGAGGAAGCAAACUACCCGAAGGAAAGAGAGUCUUCUUCAAAGGGCAAGAUUCAGAUAUCGCAAGAUAAGAAGAGAGAAGAAGGAGGAUUCUGAAUCUGAAACAUUAAUAUCUGCUGAUGAAGAAUUGAUUGGUUCUAUUGAAGGAGCUCAAUCAAGGUUGUCAAAUGUAACAGUCACAUAACAUUUUGUUAAAUUUUUAUCUUGAAUAAGCUCAAUGUUCAUGUAAUGACAUUUCAGUCCGUAUCCGUUUUUAAUCAUGAAUUUGGACAUCCUAGGACGAACAUUAUCAUAAAUCAAUCAAAAAUUAGAAAUACUUUAGUAAUAUGUUCAAAUGUGCCUACUCAGUACUUAUGUUUUGAAUGUAUAUAGAAAUUUAUGAGAUUGGAGUUGUACAAUUUUCUGUUCAAGGGACCAUUGAUAUAUGUAAUUUGUAGAUACAUUUGUAGAUGGAUUUGCAAAUUUUGAUACCUUCUUUUUUUUUAGCCCUUACUCAGUUACUCGAGCAAUUUGGUUUAGUACAUUUUCCUCCUCUCUUGAUUGUAAUAUACCAUAACUGUGUUAGUACUGAGUAUUUCAUGUAUGGAAUGCUGUUAUUUCAAUUAGACAUCUGUAGGUCUUAUUUCUGUUUCAUUUAGACUGAUCUAUGGCUGCUCUGCCUAGCUUUUAAGUUGGCAUAUAAUCUAACACUGUUGUAAAUUUCAAAUUUAAAAAUUGCCUCUCUAAAUUGUUUAAUACUUAUGGGUAUCGCAGAGUGAUUUGUUUGGGUUUUUAGAAGUACUCUUGUUUGGCAUAUUUUAUGACUUGUUUGUGGUUCCUGUAUGUCAUAGCAAAGGAGCUAGGAAGAUUGGUUCUCAAGGAAUUAAUUUUUUGUUCAAUGGUUGCCUCUCAUGCCUCAUUUUACCAUCUUGUAUUCUUACUUUUGCUUCAUGUUUUCUUGAUGGACUGAGUAAAAAUGCCCUCCAAUUUUUUUCAUUGCUCAACUUUAUUUCAAGUUGCUGGCACUUUUGUGCCAUUAGCAUCCUUGUUUGCUAUGAUAUACAGGAAUGUAAGUUACCAGGGAAUUUCCUAAAAUAAAUAACGAUUGUGCAGCUUUGCACACAAUUGUAAAAAGAGAAAGGUUAAAUACCUUUACAUCCAUACUCAAUCCCAUGUGUUAAUGGCUUAAGAUGUAGAUAUGCCAUGGCUGUGGAUAGCUUGACAUUUGUGAUAUGAUAGUGAGGUUAUUAGCUUUGUGAUUGAUAAUGAUUUUAGUAUUAGGAUAAAUAUUCUUGCUCUAUAUGGCUUUUCUAUUUUUCACAAGCAUUUUAUUUGUUGCAUUCAAAUUUGUUUGCAGUGCAGUUUCUUUUUUAGUUGGUGUUUCCCAUUGUUUGUCAGAAAAUGUUUGUUGUAUUGUUGCUUGUUUUUAGUUAUGGUUUUUUUUUUUAGACAUAUGCACCUGUGCAGAAUUAUGUUGCUUGUAUUGGAAUAUCUCUCCAAGAGAUUUGAUCAAACUACUAAUAAUUGGUGAAACCUCAGUGAUUUUUAUGAAGAAUGAAAGCACUUACUCGUCCAUGUUCUGUAUGAUAUUUACAAUUUGUUACUAAGGAUUGUUAUUUUAAUCUGAGGGAUCAACUGUGGUUGUAGUAGUCGUCGGUAAGAUUGGGUCAAGUUGUGAUGAAUGAAUGUACAUCACUUAAUAUCAUGCUUUGGCUUGUGUCCUUUUAUUUCAUGAUUAGUUAGUGCUCAACUCUUUUAUAUCAGUUUUCAAUUUCUAUUGUUAUACUAAAAACCCUCUGUUUCGGCUGAAGGCAAAAUGCAGAGAAUGUGAGGUGUGGGUGUGACAUUCAGGGUUCUUGACUUAAAAUGUCAGUUCAUGGAAUUUUUCUUUCUUCUUCAAAAUAACCUAAACCUUAGUGCCAAAGCUGUCGUUACAUGUGAGUUGGUGUUUUCAACCAUAGCAAUUAUUACGAUUUUUUUGCUGUAAUUUUACUGAACAGCAUUGUAAGGAGGGUGCAAUGUGUAACUCAUAUGAUUAAAGCGCCAAUGCUGACUCUGAAGUUCCCCAAUUGUACAGCCAAAAAAUAUACUUCCAUUAAUAUAGUGCCUGGUUUCCUGUGGUAAGGUUUUCUUGUCUGCUUUUCUUUUCUGCAUUCUGUAGGGUGAUCAAAUAUUUUGUUUUGUUAAUUGAAUCAAUUGCAUUACCAUGACACAUUGAUUAUUUUUUGGUAAAGUUAUUUUGUUGAAAAUGGAAGUUUUGAGAGAAAAAACACAUGUAGUUGUAAUCAGUCAGAAAAUGAAAAUCUACCAUCCUAUGUUUUUCUAGUCUUGAAGUCUGAGCACAUCAGAACAAAGCUCCACUGCUAUAAUCGAUUAUCUUAUCUAGAAUUUGCCUUUGGCUUGUGGACCACAUGUUUGAGGCUUCCUCACUACGACUGAAAUCUUCCUGAAACCAUGAACUAUAUGACUAUCAGCAGUGUUUGCAUGUCUGGAAAACUGGCUAGGAAUUUUGUUUCCCUUCAGUCUAAGUCAAUAUCUAUAAGUUCUCAUGUAAACUCGCUACCCUUUUAUAAAUCAUUGAUUAGAGUAUAUCAGUAUAUUAUAUGGUGCAGAUUGCUUGAUUCUUUCUGCCCGUCAUCACAGAACGAUAGUCAUUCAAGUUGUUAGCUGUUAGUUGUAAUAAUAUUUUUAAGAAAACUAUAUCACUGCUAUUUUUUUACUGAAACCAAAUCUAUGAGCCUUAUUUGUACAUGUGGUGGGGGUAAAUGUAGGCAUGUUAGAGUGUACAAUUAUGACAAAAAAAACCAGGAGCUUUUGAGAAAAGUUAUUAAAGAAUAAAAUUAUUUUA